CUUUGGUUUUGUUCUACCAGAAACUUAGAUAGAGAAAGAGAGAGAGAGGAGAGAGGGAGGGAGAUUUUUAUUUUUUGGUCAGAGAGCGACCCAUUUCACUUUCCUCUUCUUUGUGCUAUAUAAGUGACUCAAAAAAGCUUGGGGCUUUAGGGUUUUCUGCUGGGAGAGCAUCAUAUUUCUCAAGAGCUUUUUUAUAAUACAUAAAUGGUGGACUCCCCAGAAUCAAGUUUGCAUCUGGAAGCGCUACACAAACAAAUAGCUACUACCUUCAACUAUCUUAAAUCUGAGUGCGAAAGCUCUAGUCUUUAAGGGGGGCGUUGCAUGUUGCAUCAAUGACAAGGAAGCAGCGUUUGAUUUUAGCUUUGGUAGUCUCGAAAUGAGUUUCGUUUGUUUUUGAAUAGAAAGAGUAGGAAUUUCCUUUACAUGGUUUCUGAGUGUGCCCAUAUGAUCUGUGGGAUGUCAGAGUACAAAGAGCAGAAGUGGUUUUUGGAGCAUACUCAUUUGAAGAUGUCUUCGAUUCAGCAUCAACUACAGCUAAAAGAUGGUUAUUUGAGCUACCCACCUCCUGUUUCUCCUUCAUUCUCAUCUCCAUAUACUGGUACUUUUCAUAAAGAAUCAACCCCUUCAUCAUCUGGUACUAGAAUAAGCCCAGCUCUUCUUUUCAUUAUAGUAAUUCUGGCUGUACUAUUUUUCAUCUCUGGUCUACUCCACCUUCUUGUUAGAUUUCUCGUAAAGCACCCAUCUUCCUCUGCAUCUACUCGAUCUAAUAGAUACCCAGAAAUUUCUAGCUCUGAUGCUCUCCAGAGACAGCUACAACAACUCUUCCAUCUCCAUGACUCUGGCCUAGAUCAAGCUUUUAUAGAUGCUCUUCCUGUUUUCCAGUAUAAAGAGAUAGUGGGUCUCAAGGAGCCAUUUGAUUGUGCCGUUUGUCUCUGUGAAUUUUCUGAGAAAGACAAGCUCAGAUUACUUCCGAUGUGUAGCCACGCUUUCCAUAUCAAUUGUAUAGACACUUGGCUCUUAUCAAAUUCAACAUGUCCUCUUUGCAGAGGGACCCUCUUCAAUCCCGGAUUUUCCAUUGAAAACCCAAUUUUUGAUUUUGAUGAUUUGAGAGAAGAAGAUGGUUGUAGUGGUGAUGGACAAAACCGGUUCACUUCUAGUCAAAAAAAAGUGGAAAUGGAAGAAAUUGUAGUCGAGAAGGGGGGUUUCCCAGUGAGACUUGGUAAAUUCAGAAAGCCAGAUGUUGAAGCAGGGGAGACUGAAGUGGGAGAGACCAGUAGCAGUAAUUUAGAUGCAAGAAGAUGUUUUUCUAUGGGAUCGUAUCAGUAUGUACUUGGCAACUCAGAACUCCGGGUUGCCUUGUACCAUGAUCGACAAGGCCUCGACAUAAAGCUCGCAAGAGGGAUAGAACAUAAUGGGAAUUCUUCCGUUGAUGGGGAUGUGGAAGGGAAGAAGAUUGGUACUGUGACUAAAGGUGAGAGCUAUUCUGUUUCCAAGAUCUGGCAGUGGUCAAAGAAAGGCAAAUUUUCAAGUUCUUCAGAUGUCCAGAUGGGCAUGCCACCUUCUCUUAAUACGGAAUUGCCAUGGAUGAGUAAACCACAAGGGACAUGAAGGUAUCUGUAUGAUUGUUUUCUUGGUCUAUAUUCCAUCCAUUGAUUAAAGCUUGUUAUGCUUUAGCUAUUCUUACUGAAAAGUUUUCAAGAUGCUAAUUCACCAAUUAUCCUAAAUGGUUGUGUCA